CUAGAAAGAAGCAGUUUUCGUCGUAUACGUAUUCGAUAGAGGAUGAAGAUGAUUUUUGAAGCUUGCAACCCAAGGACGACCCCGGUUCUCCCAAAAUUUUGAUGAGGUAUCAUCGAACAUGCGCACUUGUUAAAGAUUCGCCUCAAAACCGCAAGACAAGCUCCCUUUUUCGUACGUCAAAUAAAGCAAAACCUAUAAAACAAAAAGAUCUUGUUCUUGCAAACACUAGGCAAAAACAAACACCAUUUACUAGUAAAGGAGAAGUCACAUCACAACUGAACCUGAAGUAAAUUAUAUUAGAAGAAUUGACAGAGAAGAAGAACAGGAAACGGUCGUGACCCUUGUCGAUACAAGGGGGAAAAGUGCAUGGCGGGUGCACGGCCUCCUCGCCUAAGUGCAUGGGUCUAGUGCCUCCAUGCAGCAAUGUUUUGCUGCGUGAAGUACGGGCUGGAUGGGGAGGACAGCUCAUUCAUUAAUCUCAACUGCGGGACGGCAGCGCUGCGAGACUGUAUUUAAUGUUUACAACUUCAUGAAAUAGAUUGAUCGCUUGUUUAGGUCGCAGGGGGUUCUCUACUAAAAAGAAAUUAUAGAUACAGGUAGCGAGAAGGAAGAUAAGUUAAAAGUACUUCGUCUUGCUCUGUGUUUCGUUUGCUAUGCCUACCUCUUGCUGAUCCACGUUCUGUGUUACUCUUUCUAAAUACAUUCUCUUCCCUGGACCAGUUGUCACUGAGCGGGCGCUGAAGCAGUUGGGGAAUGACUUCGUGAAACAGCGGGAUUUACAGCGUAAACAUAUCGCACUCCUUACGAAGCAGAUAACGGCGCACACUAAGCAAGUGCAGAAUCUACAGAAGCGCCAAGCGGAGAGCCCGACCAAAGGUCCAGCGGAAGAUGAGGGCGGCGACCAAGGAGGGGGAGAGGAUGUACAACUUCUUGUAAGUUGCAAUAAAUUAGUAUCUGAAGAAUGUUGACGACGUUCACGUUUCUUGAAAGAUAUCAUGGAUGGAUUCUAACACAUCAAAUAGAAUAUAUUUAUACAGCAUUCAUCAUUUUUAUUUGAGUACGAGCCCUUUCUUGCUUCAGCUUCACCUUUGAUCAAAAUAAAUCUUUGCAGGGUGAAGGAAAUGAGGCGGAACCAGUGGAGCAAGUGAGCGGAAAGGACAGCCUGGAGACGGUGAGCAGGUGGAUCGAGGCUGCGGAAGCAGAAAUACGAGAAAGGUACUCCUUUUCAAGGACGGCUUUUUGUGAAGUUGAACGUGUGCACGUCAUCUAAACUCAUUGAAUGCGCAAGAAUAUUUGAAUCUGGUCUACCCUCUACAAGAAAUAUAAGAACUUUGACGGAGUUUAAAGUCAUCGUCGGUCUUCUUUCCGGAAUUCGAUCCAUUCUCUUCUCAGGGAAGCAGUCCUGAUCGCGCUUAGUGAGGGUGAGACAGCUUUCCAAGAUGUUACAACGAUAGAUUUGCGCGAUCCAGUGAGCGGCACCCGAGUCAACCUCUCGCAGUUUCCAGUGCACAUGCCCGCAAGUGCUAUCCUACCCCUACGAAGCACCACGGAACUAGUUGGUAUUCGUUCUUGUUGUCCACUUAAACUUAUGAUCAUGUAAGUAAACAGAAAUUACAUUUUCACGACCGGAUCACUUCUCUGCAUUUGGAUUUGUUUUUCUUCAGUUGUCGCCCCAAAUUCAUGCAGCUUAGGACCUCUUACAACAGGUGUCCGUGGAGAGGAUCAGGAGGUGUUGCGGCUGAGUUUUUCGAUACCCCGAGUAGAGCGGGAUGCUGCUGUGCUUGACAUGCUCGAGUAUGGUGUCCUCGCCAAAGGACGCUAAACUCGCGAAGCGAGAAAUUCUGAAGUUCUAUCUCUGAUGUCGCGAGUCACGCAACUCCGGGUGCAAGCUGCAAAUAUAUCCACCAUGACCAAAUAAUCAAUGCAACCUCGUACCACAAACAAACUCGAUGACCUGUGGUGACAAGUAAGACCAAAUUCGUUGACGACCAUGAUUUGCUUAUUCUGCGACACCUUGAUUCACUGUUAUGUUCUUUGCGAAACGCGUUGAAUUGGAGUUAUUGAGCUUGUAAGACAAUGGUAUUUCGCGACGAUGCCGACUGGCUGAAAGAUGACAGAAUGACAGAAGAAAGAUCAAAAUUUUUUUAUUUGAUGUGUAGAAGUAGUUGCCCUUUCUGCGCUAAGUUGUAGGCAAGACUGGAAAUGCUAAAUUAGUGGUCAUG